AUGGGGGGCCCCGCCACUACGCGCGCGUCUUCGGCAAGCGGGUCACCAUACGCAUACAAGAAGAGUACCCGGGGUUCCACAUAUCCCACGGCUUCAACGCCGGCAGCUUCGCCGUUGGGUAAGAGGAAGGCUUCCGCCGUAGGCGCCGCAACUCCCGAGAAGAAGCCGAAGAAAGAUCCGGCAACAGAAAAGCGAUUGCGCCGAUUCCGCUCUAAACCGCCCCAGAACUUUGACGACGUGUACAGCAGAGCCUUAACACAGAGAUUCUAUGUCCUUGAGCGGCGGCGAUGUGGCACGGCGGAAGCUCCAGAGGAGGAGGUCGAGUUAACAGGCUCGACGGGCAACAUUUACACAGUCACGAUUGCCCAACGUCCGUCAUGCAGCUGCCCACAUUUCUUGAAGGGUAACCAGUGCAAGCAUUGGCUCUAUGUCAUGUCACGAGUCCUGCAUGCCAAGUUCGAGUAUACCUACCAACUCGCCCUUUUGACAACCGAACUAAAGGACAUCUUUGAUAAUGCUCCUCCAAUCGAUACCCCGUCCGAUUCCUCCAAAGAUAAAAAUCGGAAACCUGUUGAAGGUGACUGUCCAAUAUGCUUCUGUGAGCUCGAGUCCGAAAGCAAGGAAACCAUAGUCUGGUGUCGCGCCGCUUGCGGACAGAAUAUUCACAAGACAUGUUUCGAGACUUGGGCCGCGACAAAGCGCAAAGGAUAUGGUGCGUCCAAUGUGACGUGUCCGUUUUGCCGGAGCGUCUGGCAAGGGGAUGAUGACAUGAUUAGAAACAUUAAGAAGGGCGGUCGGGUUACGUAUGAAGGCUACGUUAAUGUUGCUGACCAGCUUGGCAUCAGCGCCCAGAGAGACCACAGCACAUACUCUAGAUGGCGGAGAGGUUACUAA